UUCACAGGCGCGCGAUUCCGAUUCCCCGGUAUCUCCCGCACACACGCCGAUAUCUCUCUCGGUCUUUUUCUCUCUCUCUCUCUCUCUCUUUCCCUCGUGCCUCAGGCACACCCAUAAAUCGGCCGAUUUAAUCGGCUGAUCGGUCCGACCACGUGCCUGCCGGAGUAAACGACUUGGAGAACCGCUCGAGCUCGAACCCGCACGUUCGACAUCGUCGAGUCCUUCCUUCCGACUUCCCGCUUUAUCGUCGAAAUUCCGAAGGAGACCACUGGUGACCCUGAUUGCCAGAAUCGCCACGAGUUCGCAUCCUGAUCGAGGUGACCCUGUCACGCUCUUCGAGGCCCCGCUUCGCUUCCCUGAGGAGAUUUUCUGUCACGAUGGUGUCCGUCAAGAGUAACAUUGGCCUUCUAAUGAUCGUCACGUGCUUCCUGGUGAAUCACUCUGGCGGUUCAUCGUGCAUCGGAAAGACUUUGCUGAGGUCUGGUGGUAUAUCGUGCGAAGAGAAGCAGAUUAUCCUGGACGAGCACAAUCGAUUGCGACAACUGGUGGCCCUGGGACAGAUACACGGCCAGCCCAGCGCGGCGAACAUGAUGGAGAUGAUCUGGGACGACGAGCUGGCGGCGAUAGCACAGCGAUGGGCAGAUCGUUGCGCCGAGUCGCACGACAGUCUGAGAAACGUCCGUAGAUUUGCGGUGGGACAGAACAUCGCUCGCUCGUGGACGACCAGACCCCCGGGACCUUACGAUGGUGAGCCGAAUUGGAGACGACAAAUUUUGGGUUGGUUCAACGAGGUGCAAUAUUAUCACUCUGGUUACAGCAAGGCCACCGGACACUACACGCAGUUGGUGUGGGGCGACACUUUCCUGCUGGGAUGCGGAUACUCCUACUACUAUGACCCGGCUCGCGGCUACACCAAGAAUUACGUAUGCAACUAUGGGCCAAGCGGAAACGUGCUCGGCUUUCAACCUUAUAAGUCGGGCGAACCUGCAUGCGGCAAUUACGGGAUGUCCUACAGCAACCGAUACUCCGGACUGUGCUCUCGUGGAAGUUAUUAUCACCUGGGUGCGCUGUGUGUAUACGGCUAGAGAGUAUGCGGUUACAUCCCGAGUGUGGAUAUUUAUGAAGAACCGAGUACCGGCCGGCCAAAUAAGCGCAUCGGCACCGCAACGUUUCUACCGGAA